CUGCAGAGCAGGGGUCGGGUUAAAAAAAACUACAACUGCCAGAUCACCUCGCUUCCACAUUAUUUCCGGUCCUGCGCGGUUUCCGGAGCGGAUUGGAACCCGGAGUCAGGAUUCAGUUAAUUUCUGGUCGUUGAAAACCAGGUUUUCAGAAUGGCUGAAGGUGGACCAGAUGAAUUUAUUUGGUGCGAGGACUGUGGGCAGUAUCAUAACAGCGAAUGCCCAGAACUGGGACCCGUCGUGACUGUGAGAGACUCCUUUGUGCUGAGCAGAGCGAGGUCAUCUCUGCCGGACAGCCUGCAGAUCCGGAGGCUGGCGGAUGGAGCAGAGGGGGUCUUUGCUCUGGCUAAGCUGGUGAAGCGCACCCAGUUCGGACCAUUCGAGGCGAAGAAAGUGACCGGACUGGACAAGGAAGAAGUGCCGUUCCCCUUGAAGGUGUUCCAGAAGGACGGCCUGGUGGUUUGUUUUGACUACAGUAAUGAAGACGACUGUAACUGGAUGGGGCUGGUCAGGCCGGCCACUGAUUACAAACACCAGAACCUGACGGCCUAUCAGCAAGGCAGUGAUGUCUAUUUCAACACCUCCCAGGAUAUCCAGCCGGGGACUGAGCUGCGGGUCUGGUACGGUGCUUUUUAUGCAAAGAGGAUGGAGAAGCCUGUGCUGAAGCCAGUCGCUUUUCCACCAACAGACGUGGUCAGCACUUCCCCGUCGAAGUAUGAAGUGAUGGGAGGGAACGCUCUGAAGAACCAUGGCAUGGGGUCUCCUGAAGCAGCAGCUUCCGAUUCCAGAGUCCCGACUCCUGCAGUUGGAGGCCAGAGCAGUGUCGCCCAGGCGGUGGAGUGCAGUCAGUGGACUUGUAAAGUUUGCUCUGCAGUCUUUCUGGAGCCACAGCUUCUAACGGAUCAUCUAUUGAUCCACCUGGAGGAGGUGAAAGGGGCGUGUCAGUCAAUGAGUGCGGCCCCGCCCCCUCCUCCUCUUGAACAGGAACCGGAAGUGGUGCCCCCUGACCCUACUGUAAUCCCCCGUGUCGCCACGCCCCCUCCGGAUCCCAAGCGCAAACCAGGAAGAGUACGGAAGCCCAAAGUUCCCAAAACAGACCCCAUCCCGGUUUUAGGAGAGCAGAUGGACAGCACAGCUGAUGCUGUACCCGCACUCCCAGUGGGGGAGAUGAUUACAGCUGGAGCCCCGGAGCCUCAACAGCAAGACCUCGCGGCCGGAGCAGAACCCGUCCCAGGGAAGCUACAGAGAAUGAGUCGCACCAUGCUGCCUGCUGGGAAGUCUGGAGUUCGGAAGAGGUUCAUGAGGUCGGCAGGGGAGCACAAGAGGGUUUAUCAGUGCAAUCUCUGCAACAAGGUGUUUCAGAACAGCAGCAACCUCAAUCGCCACAUCCGCUCCCACGGAGAUAAACUUUUCAAGUGUGACGAGUGUGAUAAGCUGUUCAGCCGCAAGGAGUCUCUGAAGCAGCACAUCUCAUACAAGCACAGCAAGAACGAGAUUGACAUGGAGUACAGGUACAGGUGCCUCACAUGUGAGAAGGCAUUCAGGGUGGAGAGCGCUCUCAAAUUCCACAACUGCAGGACAGAUGAUAAAACAUUCCAGUGUGAGAUUUGCUCGCGCUUCUUCUCAACAAACAGCAACCUCUCGAAGCACAAGAAGAAGCACGGAGAGAAGAUGUACACCUGUGAGAUCUGCAACAAAAUGUUUUACAGGAAGGACGUCAUGCAGGACCAUCAGCGGAGGCACAUUGUGGGUCCGAAGCACAUGAAGAGGGAAGACCUUGCUAACGGUGAGGAAGGGACUAAAUACAGGAAGGAGCCAUCUGCCUGUCCCAUAUGUGGAAAGGUGUUCUCGUGCAGGAGUAACAUGAACAAGCACCUCCUCACUCACGGAGAUAAGAAGUACACGUGUGAGAUCUGUGGACGCAAGUUCUACCGGGUCGACGUUCUGAGGGACCACAUCCACGUGCAUUUCAAGGACAUUGCCUUGAUGGACGAGCAUCAGAGGGAGGAGUUCAUCGGUAAAAUCGGGAUCUCGGUGGAGGAUGAGGAUGGAGAUUCGGAGGAAGAGGAUGGAGAGGAUGACAUGGAGCUGCACAAGUACAGCUGCAAGCGAUGCCAGGUGACCUUCGCUAAAGGCAGGGAUUACCUGAGACACAUCAUGGAGCUGCACAAGGAGAAGGGGUACGGCUGUAACAUCUGCAACCGCCGCUUCGCCCUGAAAGCCACCUACAACGCGCACAUGGUGAUCCACAGGGAGAACCUGCCUGACCCCAACGUGCAGAGGUAUAUUCAUCCAUGUGAAAUCUGUGGGAGGAUAUUUAACAGCAUUGGCAACCUGGAAAGACACAAAAUUAUACACACAGGUGUGAAGAGCCAUGGUUGUGAUCGGUGUGGGAAGUCCUUUGCUAGGAAAGACAUGCUGAAGGAGCACCUGAGGGUCCACGACAACAUCCGAGAUUACCUGUGUGCGGAGUGCGGGAAAGGAAUGAAGACGAAGCACGCACUGCGUCACCACAUGAAGCUGCACAAGGGCAUUAAGGAGUACGAGUGUAAAGAAUGCAGCCGCAAAUUCGCACAGAAGGUCAACAUGCUGAAGCACUACAAGAGACACACUGGAAUCAAAGAUUUCAUGUGUGAGCUGUGUGGAAAGACGUUUAGCGAGAGGAACACCAUGGAAACACACAAACUGAUUCACACAGUUGGUAAGACCUGGACGUGCUCAGUGUGUGAUAAGAAGUACGUCACCGAGUACAUGUUGCAGAAACACGUCCAGCUGACUCACGAGAAGGUGGAGGCACAGAGCUGCCACCUGUGUGGGACGAAGGUGUCCACCAGAGCCUCCAUGAACCGGCACAUGAGACGCAAGCACCCUGAGAUCAUAUCCGUGAGGAUCGAUGACUUUGAGGAUGAGCUACAUGAAGGCAGCACCAUUGAUGCCUCCACUAUUAGCAUUGUGCAGCCGCAGCUGGCCCUGGACGAGGCUGACCUGCCGGGGGAGAAGCCGGCGAGGACUCCCAGGCCAGCGAAGAAGAAGCGGAAAAGCUCUGCCGGGGAGGAGGGGGAGCAGCCUGCCUACAGCGGGUACACAGACAAGGAGGUGGAGUUCACAGGGAGCCUGGGAGACGAGACCAGCUCUGCAGUGCAGAGCAUUCAGCAGGUGGUGGUGACCAUGGCGGACCCCAGUGUGACGGCCGCCCCCUCCAGCUCCAUGGGGCUGACCAGCAUCUCGGUCACCCCCAUCACCACCGCGGCGGGAGGGCAGUUCACCAGCCUGCAGCCUGUAGCAGUCAGCCACCUGAGCCCUGGCGACCCGCAGCUCGCCCUGGACAGCUCCAUCCUGACGGUGACCUUCGACGCGGUCAGCGGCUCGGCCACGCUGCUCAACCGGCCCGCUGACCUGCAGCUCCCCUCGGUGCAGGGGCCCGGGGCCCCGGCGCAGUCCGUCGCCCACUUCAUCAACCUGGCCACCUUUGUGAACCCCAUCACCAACCCGGCCCUCGCCUGGAGGCCACUCACCCCCUCCGAGGGCAGCCCCACCGACGGGCUGCAGCCCCAGCAGCAGCAGGGGGACGGGGCGGGGGGCCAGCAGGCCGAGCAGGAGGUGCCUGUGCAGGAGCAGGGCCAGGAGGAGGGGGAGCAGCAGCAGCAGCAACAGCAGCAGAUGUACGGUUACUGAUCAGCUGCUGCAUUCUUUCAACCCGCCCUCGAACCAGAAUUCUGUAAUGAUGGGAGUGCUGCUGCUGCUGCUGCUGCUGCUGCUGCUUGGGAGGAGUGCUGUAGCCGGGCUUGAGAAAACAAAAAGGAUAUCAUGAACAAAAAAGAAUCAAACACAAAACAGAACACAUUGCAGGGGAGGUGGAUAUUAAGGCAGUGUAGCCCGCGGAGGUGCGUGGCAUUGUGGGAUAUCCGCGUUCCUUGGCCCCAGUGCCGCAUUGCGGUUAUACAUGCAGCUAUGAGAUGACUUGACAUUAAAAACAGCAAACAGAAAAACGGUGGCUUAAGAAAUCUGCCCUGUCUUUUUCUUCUUGUAUUUUUUUUCCUGUAAGAAAGCGGAUCAGUGCACCGCGCUGCCUCUGGUUUCUCAUUCUCAGCUCCACUGUAUUCUUGUUAGGUGUGUUUGUUUUGGAGGGAGGGAUGCAUUUAUGUGAUGCCGUCACCUAUUCUGUGUUGCAGCAUUAAACAAAAAAAAACAAACUACCAUGUGUGAUUUGUAAAUGAAAGCAGGCACAGUGUAUCCUGUGUCUUGACUGCAUGGUUGCAAUUGGCUUGGCGUCUUUCUCAAAAGGCUCUGAGCAGCAGCCAGUAGCAGGCAGAAGUAUCUGGACUCGUAUCUCUGCUGUUGAACAUUGGAACUAUAGCUCUAGAAACACUAAAUAUAAAAGGCUCAGCCCUUCUGUGCUUGGGAGACGAUGUAGCUCCAGGAUCACUGUGACAGUUUUGCAUGAAGAGCUGCGGGACUACAAGUACCAGAAUGCAGUGGGGCACGAGCUCCGUGACCCUGCCUGGAGCUACAUGCUCACACUAUGCUGAUGUUCUAGACUUCACAGCAUAACCUUCCUGUGUUAAAGAGGGCGUGAGAAUGAAGAGACAAAGCUCCACGUGUCCUGAUCAGUGAAACAGUAAACGCUUUGUGUUUCAAGACAGCCUUGUGGUGUCGGUUCACUUCUGCUCAACCAGGCUGCACUUGGACUAUAUAUAUGAAUGAUAGUCAUACGAAGGAUGUGUGCAGUCAUUGCUUCUGAUCUCCUUCUCUGAGCCUCUGGAAUAUUGUUUGUUUGAUGCAGUAAUGUCAAUAAGGUUUUACAAAUCAUUCCCUUGCCUCUCAUUAGUACUGCAUCAUGUUGAUCUCAUUUAGUUUUUACCUGGUUUGGGCUGCACUUUUAUUGAAGGGAAUCCUGCCACAAAACUACAGGUUCAUUUGCUGUGUUUACAUGUUUUAGGAUUCCCCCUGCUGCCCGCAGGACACUACAGUGGGUUCCUAUUCCCUGUAACACAUGAAAUUCACUUUUAUCCCUGUGGCAGCUUAAACAGGCUUCACAGGAGUCAACAGAAAAUAAAGUUUAGGUCAUAAAAAGAUAAACAGAAAAACCAAACCGCUUGAAUGCUGCUCCGCUGUUCAGAGACAGGAGGGGCUCUUCAUUCUGGGAGGGAAAGAUCCCAUUUUCAAAUAAGUGUCUGUUUAUGAUGAGUUCAGCUUGUAGAGAUGUGAAAGUUUGUCCUGGUUCUUUCACUCCCUGUAGGAAUUCAAUUGGAAAUAUAAUGACGUUUAAAUUACUCACACUUCUAGUGAAGGUGUAAAUACCUGUGCCAGGUGAAGAAUGCAAUAUUACACUGGAAAGUGACUUCAGGUUAUCUAUUCAGACCGACACAAAUGCAAAGGAUCAAGCAAAACAUGCAAGACCAUAAAAUGAAAGUUUGAAGUCAGAGCUCUGCAGGAAGGUGCGCUUCACGGAAAAAGAAGGCUUUGUGUGCAGGCCUUGCACAGCCGCGUGCAGGGGGUGUGUCUGGAAGAUGGAAGGAGCGCACAAGGAAUGGGCAAGAUUUCAACUGCCUCUAUUUGGGAACGCUUUGUUAGAGACAGUGAUGGGUUUGGUUAGAUUUUUUUAAUGAUAUAUAUUUUUUUUUUUAUUGAAAUAUAAGACUUUUUUUUCAUGCUCGCCUGUCGUGAUUUUAAUUUCGUUUUAUGUUUUAUCGUAUGUGAGUUGCAAGUGUUGUGUGUAUGGGGUUACCAACAAAGGACUGCCUCUAUUAAACUGUAGAGCUUUGCUGGAACGUGUGCAGAGCACAAAGUGCUGGAACUCUUAACCAGUGAGAACCUGACCAGCUGUGUGUUCUAAAACCAGGCUGAAAAAGGGAACCCUACGACUGAGGCACAGUCAUUUCAGAGUCCUGUGACUGUCAGGGAAUACAGGAAAACUAAAGGAGAGAGAAACGAGUCCAGGGUUAGAAAAGCAGCACUGAGAAUCACUAGAAAUUACAUUUCAAACAUUUGUAUCAUUAUUCCAUACUGUCAUUGUUAAGCACAACUGAAGAGUGAAAAAACAAUUGCAAUAAUAAUAAUAAUAAUAAUAAUAAUAAUAAUGCAACUGAUAUAUUUGAGUGUUGUUUAAA